ACUGCGGCGGAUGUUGAUGUUUUGUUUCUCGCUGAACGAUGUGAACUGUAUCGUCUCCGGGACGGGUUGAUAUUUUCUGUCGUUGUCUUCUCCGCUUUUACUUUGUCCCCCCCCCCCUGGUUUUUUUUCCCUCGGUGAGGUUUCACCGCCCGUCGGCAUCGUGUCUCUCCCGGUGUCUCUCCCGGGAAGCGCGAGGCCAAGUCGUGCGAUGAUGGAGGAUUUUGACGAGAUCUACGAAGAGGAGGAGGAGGAAGAGGAGGACGAGGACAGGGCCGCGGAGGAACAGCUCCUUAAGUACGCUCCGGACCCGGUUGUGGUGCGAGGGUCCGGCCACGUCACUGUGUUUGGUUUGAGUAACAAAUUUGAGUCAGAAUUUCCUUCAGCACUUACGGGAAAGGUAGCACCAGAGGAAUUCAAAGCCAGUAUCAACCGUGUGAACAGCUGCCUGAAGAAGACGCUGCCUGUGAAUGUGCGGUGGCUUCUGUGUGGCUGCCUCUGCUGCUGUUGCACGCUGGGCUUCAGUUUGUGGCCUGUCAUCUGCCUCAGCAAGAGGACAAGAAGAUCAUUAGAGAAGCUUCUGGAGUGGGAAAAUAGCAGACUUUACCACAAGUUGUGUUUGCAUUGGAGACUAAGCAAAAGGAAGUGUGAAACCAACAACAUGAUGGAAUAUGUAAUCCUAAUAGAGUUCUUACCUAAGAUCCCCAUCUUCAGACCGGACUAGCCCGACUCUGGCUGAUCCUAAAUCUCUAUCGCUGCCCACAUUGGCUGUCAAGCUCCUGAAUAGAUUACCCACCUCCAAAUACUCCAGGAUUUUUGUUUACAGGGUAGCAUUGAUCCUCCCAAGACCUGCAACAUUUACUUCCUCCACACCCUUGUUUACAACUCCAGUAUCCUAACGCUUUUUGGACUGUCUUCACCACAAGCUAUUUGGUAAACUGGCUCACCGUCCGGCCAUGCUAACCACCAGCAGCCUGUGGGAUGUCCGUGGAGAACCAGCCUGGGGGCACUUUGAAUCUAAAGACAGAGAAAGGACUCUGAAAAAUGGACUUCAAUGAGCUACAACUGGAAUACUGUCACUUGUUUGUUCCCUUCCCUAAACACAUGGCACAAUCAGACCAUGAUGAAACGAACACCUUCUGACACACAGAGUUCACCUGCAUAAAAAAAAAAAAAAAUGACACCACUGUGCUAUUGUAACAGCUGGUUUGGAGCUCUGGAUCAUUACUGGAGUCUGUGGAGGCAAAACAACAUAGAACUCAGAAGGAACCUUCAUCCAAACCAACCCUGCAGCUGACAGAGAGUCGCACAGGAACAUGUUGGGACAGCUGAACUCAAUAUUGUCAUUCUCCACAUCACCCUGAACAUCCUUAUGCUCUGUCCUCUUUUCAUAUCUCUGCACACUUCACCGUGCAUCACCAAGUGACAAUCACACUCUCUGACUGUUCUCUACGUAUGUGUGAAUGGGGCUUUAUGCUACACACUUCAUAUUUUUGUUUCAACAUUACCUGUAUCCAGGCUACCUGGUAAGUGCUACUGAGUCGCAG